UAGGAAGUGUGGCUGUACUGCUUGACGCCGCUUUGUAUCCAGGGAGAAACUGUUAAGAUGGACUUUUUUUGGCUUCGAUUCACAGAAAUAUGAAUUCGUACAGAGACAACGAGACAGAAGCAGAAGUGGCUAGUUGAGCGUACGAGAAGGCGGUUAAUCAGCUAGGUUAGCUUGGCUGGCUAGCUCGCUGUUCAGUUUACUUAUUUCUCCACCACGUAACGCUGACAUAGAGCCAGCUGUUCACACUCGCUUUGGAUGGGACUUGUUUGAACAGUGUUUAGUUCAUAACCUGGUUCGUGUAGCAGGUGAGGUGAGGCGAGGUAAGGUGUUAUGGCUGGAGCGGUGCUGGGUGUCGGUACCGGAGUUUUCCUCAUUGCCCUCAUAUGGAUCGUGGCUCUGGUUCUCGGCCUCCUUCUGUCUCGAGCCUCCGCUCCAACGAAACUGUUGAUUAUCCCCAUAGUACUUUUGGCCUUAACCGUCACCUUGAUCCUCGUCUUUUUCCCACGAGCUCCUGAGGUCCCUUCCCCUGUAAAAGAAAUGCAGAUAGUGGACACAUUCUUUAUUGGCCGCUAUGUCCUGCUGUCUAUAGUGAGCGUGAUGUUCCUGGCAGCUCUGUUCACUCUCUUGCCCUUCCACCUCCUGGAGCCGGUGUAUGCCAAGCCUGUGAGAGCCCACUAGAACAGAGACUGGCACAUGCUAAACCCCAACGGACCCAGAGGGCCUGUCUGGCUCAGCCACUGUCAAUGGGCCCAGCUUUAGAAGAGAGGGUCCUACAAGAGCCUCCAGUGUUCCCCUAGUGCUGUCCAAAUCAGAAGCACCGACUUAUGUCCGAUUGUGGAGAACACAGGGGGACUGUUAAUUACAUUGCUGAAAACAAUGAUGUGCAUUCAAGAUUUAAGGCUAAAGUACAUUGAAAAAGUGAUGCACUGAAUGUACUAAUUACACCAGCAUAGUUAUUGCAAAUGUUAAGCAAACUGAAAGACAAAAUAAUAUUUUAUUCUUGUGUGUAAAGCAAAGUAAAUCAGCAAAACACUGUCAGUGUAAAUAUUGUUUUAAUUGAUUUUAAGGGUUAUUUUCCAGCUUUUGUACCUACAAAAAAUGUUUCUGCCUAGUUAAGUCUUUAGGAUGUAAACAAAGCCAUUCAGCUGGGUUUGAUGUGAUGUGCCGUUUUCAAGAAGCUUACAAAACUAGUUUUAUAACAAAACUUCUGAUUCUUAACGGCUCUGAAAGCUCCCUCUUUCAAAGUUAUUCCACUAAAUGGCUAUGAAUACAUUGCAUGAUGCCUGGGACUUUGUUUAAUGAUGGUUUGAAAUAGAGUUUUGGCAUACAACAUAAUUUUAAGUCCAUUCAAGGCAGUGACGUACAUCCAGGCAUCAUGAAGGAAAGAUAGUACCCACAAUUGUAUUAUUUCAGAAGUUAAUCAGCAUUACAUAUAAAAGCUCAGAAGACUCGUUUACCAGUAAGGGGCAUAGUAAAUAAAAUUACUCUAUUUGUAUUGUAGACUGCGUAACCCCUGGUUCCUAUCACCAUGACUGUAAAAAACAUUUGAAUCCGUGCACCAUUUCACAUCAAAACACUGAAUGAUUUUGUUAAAUGACAGAAAAGGCAUUCCGUGUGUAUUUUUUUUUCAUAUCAGAUAUCUUGAGAAAAUGUCGCAGGGUUUUAUUUGUCGUUUUCGAAUAGUCUUUUGAAUAAAACCACUACUGUGUCUAAAUUGCACAGUAGCUUGUAUGUCUGUGAUGUACUUGUGGAUUGUACUGAUGGGGCUCUCUGUUAACUGAUCAAUUACAACGCCACAUUGUGCUUGUUGACAACACAAACCACACAAAUUUCAUCAGCUCUGCACCAUAUUGACAUGCUAAUUUGGCCCAGUGGAAGCGUUCUUUAAGAGACCGUCUCACUCUCAGUACAAUGCAGCAAAAAAUCGCAGGGAGCAAAGUUGGGCGCGUCAACAGAACUUCAAGCUGUGCAAGUUGAUUAUUUUGAUCGUAACAAGGCAAAGCUCUGUGAGGGGUUUUUGUUGUAUCAGAUGUUUGCCUUCAAUUUCAUAAGUCUCUAAACGAAGCCCCACUUGGAGAUGAACAUCAUUAUAGUGCUUUCUUCACAUGAAAUGUUUUGCAUGUGUAGUGUCGUUGCUGCAUGCUGAAGACAUUAGGAAGCUUGCAGUAAAUAAAAGAUAGAUUGUUCAGUCUCACCUUAAA